AUGGACACCAGGAUGGUGAUCAGGAUCUUGCUGGUGAUGGGAACCGUGGUGGUGACAAGGACCAGGGUGAUCCCUGGGACCAGAAUGGAGUCCAGGGUGUACCCAGGGAAUGAGUCCCUGCAGAGGCAGCUGUGGGAGCUGGAGAUGCCCUGGGGCAGCCAGUACCAGGACAUGGUGGGGUGGCUGCAGGAGGACAUCCACAGCCUCAAGGAGGAGAUGGCUCAGCACCUGCAGGACUACCAGGACCUGCUCAACAUCAAGCUGGCCCUCAACACUGAGAUCACCACGUACCACAAGCUGCUGGAGGGCGAGGAGAGCAGGAUCACCAUCCCUGUGCAGAGCUUCUCCAACCUGCAGAUCCGAGAAACCAGCCUGGACACCAAAUCUGUGCCAGAAGCUCACGUGAAGAGGAACAUCAUGGUCAAAACCGUGGAGACCCGAGAUGCAGGGGUGAGGUGA